AUUUCACAAAAUGGAAAAAGAAGUAUGGUGAUCACAAACUGUAUGCCAUGGCUUCCCAGACCUAAGGAGCAUUUAUGAUGGUGUUUAUUUAUUUUAGAACACUCUGGUUCUCAUCGUCCCACUGAAAAGUUUACAUCUUAUGGCAGACAUGCCACAAAAUGACAACUGCCAUAAAACCGCAGAGAACAGGAAUAAGACACCUGGUGGUCAUGAAGUAGAGAAAGAUGGCGCCCACGCACGUACUGAGAUGCUGUCAACGGGGCUUAGCAUGGAUACCUGUAAUUUUCAUCGCCCUGGUCGUCUGCUGGUCCUACUACGCAUACGUGGUGGAGCUGUGUAUACUCACCAUCAGUAUAGGAGAGCCAAUAUCCCUGGCAAAAGCAGUUGUCUACCUGAUCUUCUUCCACCUCUUUUUCAUCAUGUUUGUAUGGUCUUACUGGAAGACCAUCUUCACUAAACCUGCCAACCCAUCCAAAGAGUUUUGCCUUCCCAAAUGUGAGAAGGAACGUUAUGAGAAAGAGGAAAGGCCAGAGUCUCAGCAGGAGAUCCUCUGGAGAGCAGCCAGCAGUCUGCCUCUCUACACUCGAACAGGCGCUGGAGCAAUCCGUUACUGUGACCGCUGUCAAGUUAUCAAGCCAGACCGAUGUCAUCACUGCUCGGCAUGUGACAUGUGUGUGUUAAAAAUGGACCACCAUUGUCCCUGGGUGAACAACUGUGUGGGCUUUUCCAACUACAAGUUCUUCAUCCUCUUCCUGGCCUACUCACUGCUGUACUGUUUGUUCAUUGCUGCCACCGUGCUCCAGUAUUUCAUCAAGUUCUGGACACUUUGCCGGAGGAAAUCGGCAGAGAACUGUCCAAAGAAUGAGCUGCACACUCACGCCAAAUUCCAUGUCUUGUUUCUUUUUUUUGUGGCGGCCAUGUUCUGUAUCAGCAUCCUGUCCCUCUUCAGCUACCACCUGUGGCUUGUAGGAAAAAACAGGUCGACCAUAGAGGCUUUCAGAGCACCAGUCUUCAGAACAGGCUCUGAUAAGAACGGCUUCUCUCUGGGUUUCCGGAAAAAUAUCGCACAAGUCUUUGGAGAUCAGAAGAAGUACUGGCUGUUACCUGUUUUCACCAGCCAGGGAGAUGGUCUGACAUUUCCCACAAAGCUGGUUAAUGCUGACCCAGAGCAGGGCACAGUUACCCUUCAUGCAGAGCCCAAUAAAAGUGCUGCUGAAGCCCCAGUGAGUCUACUCAACGACUCACAGAAUCGCCUCCUGAGCAAUGACCAGCAUGACAACGUCAUCACAGACCAUCUGACUAACAGCACAUUCAAAUCUGAUGAAAAUGAAACCAUUACAGUCUCCAUGGAGAGUGAGUCCUAACCAGGAAUAAUAUCCUCAGUCAUCAAAAACGAUGCCUUAAGCAACGCAGCCGUUUAGUUUGUCACCAUGACAACCAUCUCCCUUGCAACCUCAUCCCCAGAGACACACAUUCAGAACGUCUGUGAAAAUGUGUUCGUUCUGCGAAUGCCAUUAUCGCAUGCAGUGUCACACGCAAAUCUUGCACAGACCCUCAAAGGACAUAAAAACACAAGGCUGUUUUCCUCUAACAUCAACACACACACGUUAACUCACACACUCAGCUUUUCCCUCAAUUUCUCACAGCUGGAGCCUUUAUUUAGAAAACUAAUGUAUUCUGGAGGAAGUAGGAGCUUCUUUUGGUGUUGUAUUGAGAAAACCUUUUGUGCCAAAAUGCACAAAGAUUUGUGUUGAUGCAUCAAGACUCUUGUUUAAAUGCACAAAACCGAAGUGAAGAUUGAUGGAUGAGCUGGAACUGGAACUUUUUUUCUUCAGUGUGUUAUUAGAGAGGACGUAGAUCAAUUUACCUUGUUUACUUUUUCAUCUCAGAAAUCCUGGAGAAAUGAUGCGUUCUGCACCUUUUGGUGGCAGUUGUUUUUUCUUUUCAUCAAAAUGGACCGUAUUACGGAUGACUCGGUGGCGUUGACUGAGCUGAGCAGAGGAAGCUGUAGCUGGAUGAGGUGGAUUUUUUUUUUUUAGACAUCAGACCACAAGAUGGCGCAUUUGCACUUUGUAGAUCAUGAAUAUCCAACAAACAAUGUGCUGCGUUGCAUCCCAGGUAACAGAGAUGAAUCGAUGUGACAAAUUUUGUGCAGGUGUAUGUGUGUGAAUAUGUGCGCGUGUGUUUGUGUGGCACUCUUUUUUUUAUUAACAGAAAUUAAAGAAUCAGCUUUAAGUGUUUUGAUGUAAACAUGCUGCUUAUACAGUACAGUCUGAACACUUCACACAGACGGGGUGCAGCAUCCUUCACUUGUGAUCACCAAUAACGCUUAGCUCAUCCUUUUUACAGGCCCACAUUCUCCCACACCACUCAGCGCAUCAACUUCUACUAAGACUAAACUCAUUGCCAAACAAAGGGCUGACCUGUCAGAAGCUCUGACUUUCAAAGUGUUUACAACAUCCAAGCUUUACCGUCUCUACACUGACCAAUGUCAUCCAAAAGCCGAUUUACCAGCAGCUGUGGCACAGUAUUUUUUUACACAAUCUCGGUCUGUCCUACCUGCCUUUCUGCGUCUGGGUCCUGAUGUCUUUGCAAUACCCACGCUGGCUGGCAGAUGGCAGCAAAACUCACUUCUGCUUUGGUUGGAAGUGUUUCGUGUUACAACAUCAGACUCAGUUCAGUCGAAUUUGCCUUCAGCAAAUCAUUUUCAACAUGUGUCACUUGUUUCUUUACUGAAGCAAAUCAUCCAGAUUUUGCUUGUUCUGGACAUACAAUAAUAAUGAAUGAUCUUAAGUCCUGGUCAGUCAGUGUUGAUGUGACUCAUAUGUUGGCAGAAUCUUUUAAAAUGCACCCAAAUAUGAUUAGAUAAUAUUCCACCUCGUGUGGAUCUGCGUGGCUCGUUUUCUCUGCAAAUUGAAUUGUUUUUAUAAUGUGAUCUGUGUCCAUCUAACUGAGGUAUUUUGUUAUUUAUGUGCAAGAGACACAUUUAUCUGUAUGUCCUUUCUUGUAAGUGCUGGUGGAGCCUCCGACUAACUAGAUACAAUCUGCCUCUGGUGAUGUAUGAGUUUACAGCUGUGUCUCUGAUGUGGACUGAGUUAAUGGUGUUGUGCAGUGUCAUUCUUGGUAGUUUGUGAUUGUUAAUAGUGCUGUAUGUGCCGUUGUUGGGACAGUAACGGAGCAUCACAAAGAACAGCUCCCUCUCUGGACUUUAUGUUUACAUUUUAUCCUUCCAAUCAUGGCUGACCAUGUGAGCCCAAGUGUAUUUGUAACUACUCUUUGCACAGAACAUGAUUGGAGGAUAAUUGUUAUGGUGUGGAUGGUAACAACGUGGUGUCCAAGUACACUGAGGCGUGUGAUCUGAGAUUAGCAAAUGAAGUUGCUGAUGGAGAUCACAAUCCCAGUGAAGAUUAAGUUUUCAUCACAUCAGUUUAGCUUCAAACCCACUGUCUCUAAAGUCUGAAAAGUUGAUGUCUUCAUAUUUUCUCUAAUGGUCUGCCUCUGAGCUUUUUCACCUUGAGACUGAAGUGUGUGUGUGUGCGUGUGCAUGUGUGUUUUAUAUUGCUUACUUAAAUGUUGUUGUUUUUUUUGUAAUACUAUUGUCUUGAGCAAAAUGCUUCUUUUCAGCCAUGAGAUUUUUACUUUUUCUGUGCAAACAUACACCCUGACUAAUGCUCAAAAGAAGUAUUUUAACAAAUACUGGGGAUUACAGUGGUUACACAGAGGAUUUUCUCCAACUAGUACCAGUGGUGACAUGUUUUAAUUUAGCUUUAUUUUGCAUUGUCUAACUCUGAAAUGAAGCCAUAAAAACUCCUGUGACGUUGGAGGAAAGAUCUGAAUAAUUUCAGUCUAAUCACAAAUUCACUUUGCAUCUGUGUCCAACACCGUGCAGAUGUAGCUGCUUGUGCUUUUCAGCUGUAUUAUCCUCUUUAUUUUGCUGUUAUUUUUGUUACUAUUUUACAAUGUGUGUAUAUACAUUGAUAAUGUAAGAAAAAAAGACUACAUAUAUUUUCUUGUCUGAUUAAUUUUACUGUUCAUAUUUUGUGAAUGAAGUUCAUGCCUCUACACAAGUAAUGUGGAAAUAACAAUAAAUGUUUUUUAAACCU